AAGAACAAAAGGAACGUCAUUAAAAGGCAGAAAAAUGGGAAAGUUACUAUUUAACUUCUUGCUAUUGACUUUAGCAAUAUACCCAACCUUGGCAGUACCUUCUACUCUAGCACAAUUCAUACGUUCGAGUAAUGAAACUGCCGAAUUAUUUUUAAAAUUAAUAUCAGAACCACAGAUCUUGGACCGCGAAUGGAGUAUAUUUUACAAGUUUGAAGGAAUUCCUAUGCGAAAAGGAGAUAAACCGUUAGUUGAGUUUAGUUGGAGUAAUUGUGCACCAUCUGCUCCUGUUCGCAUCAAAUCUUUGCAUAUUACUCCAGAUCCCAUCAAUUUUCCGGGUGAUAUAACUUUCGACUUUGAUAUUGUUCUUAAAACGGAAAUAGCUGCACCGUUCAAGCUCGACGUCGACAUGAAGAAGAAAGUGCAUUCCGUUUGGGUUGAAGUGCCUUGCAAAGACCAUAUCGGUACCUGUAAUUUUCCGGAUAUUUGCGUUAUUUUGGAUAUAUUUUCAUCUAUUGGAUGUCCAUUUAAGGCGGACGAGUACAAGUUAAAUUCUACGACUAUAAAAUUACCUGAAAUUCAUUUACCUGAUUCUAUCAGCACUGGUGAUUAUAAAGUUAGAAUCAAUGGAAGUCAUGACGAAAAAACAUUAUUUUGCUACGAUUUUAAGUUUUCAUUGCACGUAAAUUAAUACUUUAUUAAUCUGACAAUUUAUAUGAAUACAAGUAAACCCCCUAUAACACUGUAGAUAAUUCCGUGUUAUAUG